AAAGAAAACAAAGUGGCCUUAAUAAUGAAAUUUACUAUUUCACAUAAAAAGGCUGGCUAGUUCCAUGGCUCUACAUUACCCUCAGGACCCUGGCCUUUCUCCUCUACCAUCCAUCCUCGAUGUGUCCAGGACUUGUCUCCAGGUUAGCUUUCCGCAAGGCUUCUACAUGCCUGCCAGUGUUCCAGCCUCACAUCCCCCAAAAGUCUAGGGGCAGGAAUGGACAUCGUUUCGUCUUGUGCAUCUCUGUCUCUCUCACUUGCUCUAAUUUGAUGUGAAUCUUAUCUUUAAGAGCAAAGCAACUUUUCCCAGGACCCUCCCCUGCCCCAGCAGAUUUCCCCUCGUAUUAUCCAGAAUGCCGGAAGCCCGUGCCUAAGCGGUCGUGGGCAAGGAGCAUGGGACCAUGCUUAGACUAAUCCAGCUCAUUCCUCCAGGCUGGCUCUCCAGGCCUCCCUGAUGAAGUUUCUGGCUCCUUGGAAGAAAGGAGAUGGGGGUCAGGAAUAGGUAUAAGCUGUGAUAAUGUCUGUCACAGAAUCCCAAGUCUGGUUGUUAAGCUUGACAUGCUGCUGCUAUUCUGGGCUUGCCCCUCGGCUCCCAUCCUCACUCUAACAUAUUUCCUCAGCUAUGAGGUAAGUCUCCACAACUCUAAAUGACACAUUCACUGUCCUUGGCAGAACAGUGAGGAACAUGAAAUGUGUGCCUUGGGGCCCAGUGCUCCUGUGUAAUUCCCCUGGGAUGUCAGUGCCGUCCUUGGUCAGCGCAGGCAUGGUCACUGGAGAUGGGGAGAGGAGCAGAGCUCUGCCUCAGAAACGUGGGUCCUGAGCCCUCAGCCUGGCCCUGACCCAGAACUGUUUGUUUUGUUUUUUGAGGUGGGGUCUGGCUGUGUUGUCCAGUUUGGACUGAAACUCCCAGACCCAAGUGAUCCUCCCACCUCAGCCUCCUCAGUACCUGGAUGUGAGCGUGGCUGCACCCGGCCCAGAGUUGGGUUUUAAUCAUGUUUCCCCUCCUCUGAGAUCUCAUCUUCCUGGUCUGUGCUUUUUCUUCUCUUAGAAUCCAAAUUUUUUUUUUUUUAAACAAAUUCUAACUUGCCCCCUAGUGUUACCGCCCACCCCUACAACAACUUUAUCCUGUUUCCUUCUCUCAACCCCCUACAGCUUUUCUGGCUCCCAUGGAGUGCACACUCGGCCACCGUGGUCGGAGCCUGGCAGAGCCUGGCUCAUUUGUUGAAUGGAUGAUUCUGAUUAUAGCACCCCCGCCCCCUUUAGCCCCACAGCCCUGGACACGGUACACACAGACCAGAGCCUUGGCUCAAAGGCAAACAAAAGGAACUGCCUGGCUCCCCAUGGCUGUGGCCAGCACCUUCAUACCGGGGCUUAACCCUCAGAACCCUCAUUAUAUCCCAGGGUACACUGGACACUGCCCACUACUUCGGUUCAGCAUGGGCCAGACCUAUGGGCAGGUGACUGGUCAGCUACUUCAAGGCCCUCCUGGCCUAGCCUGGCCUCCUGUCCACCGCACACUUCUGCCUCCCAUUUGGCCUCCAAGAUCUCCUGGGGUUCCCAGGGAGAGCCUACCUCUCAGGCAUGGGCACGAAAGGCUCAGCUCCAGCAUGAUCCCUGGGUACACAGGUUUUGUACCCCGGGCACAGUUCAUCUUUGCCAAGAACUGCAGCAAGAUCUGGGCCGAGGCUCUGAGUGACUUUACUCACUUGCAUGGAAAGCAAGGGAGUGAAGAGCUGCCAAAGGAGGCCAAGGGAAGAAAGGACACGGAGAAGGACCAGGUGCCAGAGCCGGAGGGGCAGCUGGAGGAGACAGCACUGGAGGUGGUGGAACAAGCUUCUCCCUACUUCAUGGAUGACAGGGACCCUCGGAAGUUCUUCAUGUCAGGCUUCACCGGCUAUGUGCCCCAUGCCCGCUUCCUCUUCGGCUCCAGCUUUCCUGUGCUUACCAACCAGGCACUGCAGGAAUUUGGGCAGAAGCACUCACCAGGCAGUGCCCAGGACCCCAAACAUCUCCCCCCGCUUCCCAGGACAUACCCUCAGAACCUGGGUCUUUUACCUAACUAUGGGGGCUAUGUGCCAGGUGAGAAGAACUGUCUUGGCCACACAUUUGGCCAUCUCACCCAUGAUGCUCUGGGCCUCAGCACCCUCCAGAAGCAGCUCUUGGCUUAGGCCCCUGGAUAUCAA